AUGCAGAUCACGCUUACUACUGUGAAGGGAAAGGACAUAAACCUUGAAGUGGAGGAUAGCUCGGACACCAUCGACCUCAAGAUCCAUGGACCUACACGUCAUUUGGUUCUUGGCCUUGGUGCGGAUCCUGGUCCCGGUCCAGUCAUGCGGAUUUUUGUGUCGACUAUAAAGGAGAAAACAUUCAUCCUAGAGGUUAAGGGGUCCGACACCAUUAGAAAUCUCAAGGCCAUGAUCCAUGAUCAGGCAGGUCCACCGGUAGACCAGUUGAAUCUGAACUUUCAUGGCACGAAGCUUGAAGACACUCGCACCAUAUAGCUGACUACAACAUCAAACCAGGCGCGAAUCUUGUCGUUAUGCAGAGCGGUUGUAUUUGCUAAAUG